AUGCAAGACAAACCUCUGUCGAAGAGAGGGGUGUUGGCUACCAUAAGCUCAAUUUAUGACCCGCUUGGAUUAGCAGCGCCGUUCUUGUUGAAGGGUAGAAAAAUUAUGCAAAAUCUUUGCAAAGAAAAAACAUCAUGGGACGAAGAGAUCUCUGAACCUCUUCGAAGCGCUUGGGAAAGAUGGCGAUUAGAUAUCGUCCUUCUUGAAAAACUGGAAGUUAACCGAUGCGUCAAGCCACUUCAUUUCAAAGAGAUCGAGUCAACGUCCCUCCAUCAUUUUUCAGACGCAUCCAAUGAAGGUUACGGAACUGCUACGUAUCUUCGCAUCAGAGAUGUAGAAGGAAACGUCAACUGCUGCUUACUCCUUGGAAAAUCGAGAGUAGCUCCAAUAAAGAUGGUUUCAAUACCAAGGUUGGAGUUGACAGCAGCAACUGUGGCCGUAAAGGUCGGAGUAAUGUUGAAGCAAUAA